GGUAAUAGUGGUUAAAGCUACAUCUUAUCUACCUCCAUCAACUCUUUCUUUUUUCUCCAUCACAUAUGCCAAUGUUUCAAGAUUGAUAUUUAGGGCACAACAAAACCCCCAAUUUCUCCCCCUACCCAACUGCAAUUACUUCAUAUUCACACUUCAAGAUUCUUCUUUUUUGCUUUUCCCAUUUCUUAAUUCCAAAAAUCAAUGCAUUAAUAUUUUCUUUUCGCUUUUGAUGCCCAAAUUUCGGUGCUUUUUCGCUCCAGAACAUCCAACUUUUCGAUGAAUUUCGCUCCAAGGUGACGAAAUUGACGAUCGAAUUUGGUGGGGUUGACUGUUACUGUUUGUUAUCUGGAACCCUAAUUUUGUUUAAUUAGAAUCAGACAUGGAUGAUGCAUCACAGAUAUGCGCCCUGUGCCGUAGAACACUUUCAUCUGAAACCGACAGUAUUGAUCUUGAUUCAAUCACCAUAUGCGGGGACUGUAAGUUUUUGUUGCUAGAAGAAAACGGCACUGGCGCCCCAUCACAACACGUUCCUCGUACGAAUCCUAGAAUACGACGAACACGGUACAACAACAAUAGUUCAGAAUCAAUCGAAGAUAUGUUUUCACACCAGUUUUCAACCGUGAUUAAUUUAGCUAGACAAAACCAAACUCCUGUUUCCGACACAAGUGCCCGUACUACCCCUAGCGGUUCUAGGAGAUGGAGGCGAGUUGUUUCGGAUACCGAGAGUGACGGUUUCGAUUCUGUUAAUGGAGAUGGUGAUGUUGUGUCUUUUGGAGCUUAUGAUGAUGAUGAUGGUUCGGAUGUUUCUGUUGAUGUUCGUAGUUAUCUUGGUGGUGAUUCGGAUACCGAUAUAGACCCGAUGCAUGCUGGUUUGAACCGGUGGAGUUCAGAUGACGAAUGGGAAGAGGUUGAAGAUGGUGAAAACGAUGAAAACACUCUUGGAUCUUUGAUAGCUAGAGUUCAUCUCCAGAGAACAAUGGCGUACGAUGAUCAAUCUGGUGAAACCGGGGGUGGCAUUCGCGUAAGAAUCAGUGAAAGACGGUUAGACCCGUUUGGCAACAUGGUUAACGAUCAAGAAACGUCAGGUUAUGUCGGGAAUUCUGGAGAUUAUCUCGAUGCAAGAAGCUUUGAAGAGCUUUUGGAACGGUUAGCCGAAGCGGAUAGCUCAAGGCGCGGUGCACCACCCGCGGCUCAGGCGUUUGUAAAUAAUCUUGACCAUGUGGUGGUUACUGAUACCGACCAUAACGGUUUGGUGUGCGCCAUUUGUAAAGACAUGCUGACAGUUGGAACCAUGGUUAACCACCUUCCUUGCUCUCAUGUUUACCACCCUUCAUGCAUUAAACCGUGGUUAAGCUUACACAACACUUGCCCAUUGUGUCGGUUUGAGUUUCCGACUGAUGACGUGGACUAUGAGAACAGUAAAGAAAGCGUUAACCACGGGCCUGCGGUUCAAGAAGUUCAACCGGGGUUGGAGGAUAAUACCGGUUUUGAAGAGGACGGUGGUCGAGAAGUCUUGAAUAAUGAGUGUGGUGGAGAAACGGGGGGAAGAAGGUGGUGGUUUGUGGCGGCACCGGUGGUGAGUUUGGUGGGGAUUGGUCUUGCAUUGUGGCUGGGCAACCCUGGUGCUAUUAAGAGUUCCGGUUUAAGGGGGGAUAGAGGGAGGAGAUGGUGGGGUCUUUUUUAGUUUUCGAGGUAUAGGAGUAAUAAUAAUGAGUUUGUGGUGUUGGUUUGUUGUUUUUUGUUUGUCUGUUGUUUUUCAUGUUGUGGUUGUUUUGUGCAACAAGAUGAAUGAAUGAAUGGUUGAUGAGAUUGAGUAUUACACUAUUA